AUUAUUAAGGUUGUGAGGACCCCACCAUUUCAACUUCCUGCAAGUUCAACCACAGCCACACUUUUCCAUCCAAUCCUUUUUCAUUUUUUUUUGUCCGUCCAGAUAGCUCGAUCUUGUUAGAAUUGAAACACUAUAUGCAAAAUAAGAUCAAAGUCUACUUUCUAGUUGCUGCUUGAUCUGAUGCAUGCUACUUCACAAAGCUUUCAUCUCUGAUGCCAGGAACCAUCCACGUUUCAGUUCUGGAAUUCAUGGCUUUUCAAUCUUCAUCACCCGUUCGACAAAUGUCCAUAAAGAUUUCCUUGGGUAAAAAAGAGCACCAGACUUGGGACAAGGGAGAUUUCUCUUUUCCAUUAACAACUCUUCGCGAAAAUUUGAUAGUAACACUUCAGGAUGCUCAGGGAAAAGAAAUAUCACAUACAGUUGUUGAAACUAGGCUGGUGAUUGAGAAAGGUACUUGGGAUGAUAUAUUUCCCUUUGAAGGAGGUGGGCAUGUGCAUAUGAAAUUGCAGUUUGUCCUCAGUGAAGAAGAACGACAUCGUAUUCGAAUCAUGAGAGAAUCAGCAUUGAGAAAGAAACACAGUGAACUUCUCAAUAAAGAAGGAACUCAUUCUGUUCAUAACCAAACAAACCCAAAUGAUACAGAUAGACUUGAAGACCCUUCAUCUGCCUUUUCUUCGUCAGCUAAGUUUGAUGUAGAUCAACAGAAAGGUUCCACUAGUACUCCUAUCAGAAACAUUCAUUCAGAAGAAGCAUCAGGUUUUGGAAGCUCAGGAUCAGUAAUUGCUGCAAAGAAUCAAGCCCCUGCAAAACUCAAGGUAUAUGAAGCUAAUGACACACAGAAGCAGAGUACAACGGAGAAAACUCCCAGCAAGAUAAGAAACAUGAUUAGUGCCUUUGAAAAUAGUUUAAAUCAGGAUAUGAAAUCUAACGUAAGACCAACAUCGGUAAUAUCCCAGUCAAGCAAGAGUAUUAGAAGAGAAGAUCAAACUGGUGGUAUUAGAGCUCUUGCGGGGUCUACAUCCUCUCUUGAGGCAGGUCGAUUGAAGAAGUUAAGAGCCGGACAUAUUCAAAAUGAAGGAACAACAGUAGAUUUGAAGGGUAAAGUCGAAGCUAUGUAUAAAGUUGACAUCCAAGAAGUGAAAACAUCUUCUGAAAAAUUAGCAAGAACAUCAAUAGGUGAAAGAGCUUCUGUCUCAGGGAGAAUGCUUAUUGAAAAAGGUACACAAGUAUUGAGUAACUUGUUCGCUGGAAGAAGAAAUUCUGGUGGCAAUUCACUCAAAAUUGAACAAAAUAAAGGAAAAGAAAUUCAGCCAAAAGGUUCACAAGAUGCAAAAAUUCAAGCUAACUUAGGAGAUGAACCUCAUUCCUCAGAAGGCUAUGGUGCCUGGAUAUUUCCUGAUGGAGGAAAACGCAUGUGUAUCACAACUGGUGGAAAACAAAUAAUGGAUCUAAUGGGAAGUUUCCAUGCAGAAUCAAAAAGCCAACAGGGGAAGAUGAACUAUCCCAUAGUAGAAAAUGAGAUAGAGGAGAAAGAAGGUGAUAAGACCUCUCCAAGUAAAAAACACACAGAAUCAGUAACUGAGGGUUCAACAGAUGCUGAAACUUCUAGAGGCUCGGUUGGACAGGUGAUGAGAGUGGUGAUCAUGGUUGGAUUCGCAACACUAGUUUUCUUCACCAGACAAAGGAAACCAGGUACCCAUGUCUGAACUUGUUCAUACAUUAUUCAUUGUAUCUUGUAAUACAGAGAGAGAUUAUACUGAUAAAAAUGGAGUAUUGAUGAUGUUUCAGAUUACUAAGCUGAUGGAGAUAUCAAUUUCCUUUGUCAUCAUGGAGCCCACCAAUUGUUUUGUAACUAAACGCAUUCUUUUUCAAUGAAUAAAGUAGAGGAAAUGUGAAUAAAGGCCAUUGCUAAUUCUGGUAUAUGUAAAUUCCAUAUUACGAAUAAAUUUUUUAAAAAAUAAAUCUAUGGCUUUUUUAAAUUUUUAAACUUGUAAUUGAGAAUUGAGAAUUGAGAAUUGGGAUUGGAGAAUAAAAUUUAAUAUCUCUCAAA